AUGCUUUUGCGGAGCGUGCCAUUCAGACCGUCAAGGAAGUUGCGCGCAGUCUGUUCCUUGACGCCGACGUCGGCAAGCAACGGUGGCUGGCCAUGCGCGGUAUCACAGUCCGCCUUUGUACAUGAUCGCAUCGCUGGUGCAACGCAAGGUGGAUGUCCUUCCCGACGACACCACGACAAUUGGCUUCGCGAUCUUCCGAUCGUCAGCAAGCACCUGCGCCCCGGUGCACUUCGCGGUACCUACUUGGGUUGCUUGAACGCGGCUCGUACUAUCAAAGGGCACCGAGUGUGGCUCCUGGAACUCAAACGAGCAGUCAUCGUCAAAGACGUCCGCUUCUCCGAGCUUGAGAGUCCCGGUGCUGGUCCUUCUCCUUCGUAUCUCCCGGUCCUUGCUUGGGACAACGGACUUUUUUACGCUUACUCAUCCAGUUCUGCUGACGACGAUGAUCCUGUCCCCACACCUUCGGCCUACUCUCGACAGCUCGCAAUCACCCCGCUUUCGACUGACAAUGGGGAUUCUACUUUCCAUCUGGAAUGGGACGGGAUGAUGUCUAAAUUCAGGGGGCCGGCGAAAUCGUCAUCGACCUGGAUGCAAUUCGUUCUGACCUUCGAGGGACAGUCGGACGAGGCAAUGGCCGAGGGGGACGCCAGCGCAGAUACAGACACAAAGGUCUCUAACAAAGUCUCAGAGUUAGGUGACGACAAUCCCUCAUACCUCGAGUCUCCCUUGGUUUGGUUUCUACGACGACUACUAUACUCGUGA